AGCAGAGUGUCGUAAUCGUGUCCUUAGUAGGUGAAAAAGUGUUGGCUCCCCCUCUCUCUCUUCAUUCCCCCCAACUUUUCUCCACUUGUUGGACACAGAGAGGCCCGUCCCCUCUCACAGCCACAGGACAUAAGAGUUUCAACCGAAAUGGCGUCGACAGCGGAUCUGAAACUGGGCAAGAAACUGAACGAGGGCAAGACUAAGCAGAUCUUUGAGCUCCUGGAGGAGCCUGGUCAUGUUUUGGUUCAGUCCAAAGACCAGAUCACUGCCGGCAAUGCGGUGCGGAAAGACCAGAUGGAGGGCAAGGCCGCAAUUGCAAACAAGACCACCAGCUGUGUGUUCAAGCUCCUGCAGGACGCUGGCAUUAAGACUGCGUUUGUGAGGCAACAUUCAGAGACAGCAUUCGUAGCCAGCCAUUGUGAGAUGAUCCCCAUUGAGUGGGUCUGCAGACGCAUUGCUACAGGGUCCUUCCUCAAAAGGAACCCAGGGGUCAAAGAAGGCUACCGCUUCUCUCCAUUGAAGCUGGAGAUGUUCUUCAAGGACGAUGCUAAUAAUGACCCGCAGUGGUCUGAGGAGCAGGUGCUGGCAGCUGGCUUUGAGCUGGCGGGACUGUCCAUCGGUCGCUGCGAGGUGGACAUCAUGAGCAAGAGCACAGUAGCCAUCUUCGAGAUCCUGGAGAAGGCCUGGGCCACCCAGAACUGCACCCUGGUGGACAUGAAGAUUGAGUUUGGCGUAAACGUGACUACCAAGGAGGUUGUGCUGGCUGAUGUGAUUGACAACGACUCGUGGAGGCUGUGGCCAUCUGGAGAUCGUAGCCAACAGAAAGACAAACAGGUUUACAGAGACCUGAAAGAGGUCACACCUGAGGCCAUGCAGAUGGUAAAGAGGAACUUUGAGUGGGUUUCUGAGCGAGUAAAGCUGCUUCUGGAGUCCCAGACGAGUGGAAGGGUUGUAGUGCUUAUGGGCUCGACUUCUGACAUGGCUCACUGUGAGAGGAUCCGUAAAGCCUGCAGCUCAUAUGGAAUCCCCUGUCAUCUUAGAGUCACCUCCGCACACAAAGGGCCUGAUGAGACACUGCGCAUCAAAGCUGAAUAUGAGGGUGAUGGAGUCCCCACCAUUUUUGUAGCAGUUGCAGGAAGGAGUAAUGGUUUGGGUCCUGUGAUGUCAGGAAACACAGCUUAUCCUGUCAUUAACUGCCCGCCUGUUACCCCUGAUUGGGGUGCUCAGGAUGUCUGGUCAUCUCUUCGCAUGCCUAGUGGACUGGGGUGCUCCACAGUUCUUUCUCCAGAUGCUGCUGCCCAACAUGCUGCUCAAAUCCUGGGUCUGACUGACCACCUGAUCUGGGCCAAACUGCGUGCCUCCAUGCUCAACACCUGGAUCUCCCUAAAGCAAGCGGACAAGAAGCUACAGCAAUGCAGCCUCUGAACAAACUGCACUUGCGUUUACUCUCAACCAUUCCAGAUGUUUAACUACUCCAUCACUCCUCUGUACUCACAGCUAUCAUUUUACUGCUGAUGGAAGCUUGUGAACUAAUUUAGUGCCUUUGUUUGCAGGAACAAUUUCUCAUCUGUAAAUGCCAAGAAUAAAUAGAUUCAUAGAAAACA